AAAUUAAAGUAUGAAACAAUAAUAGGUAAGUAUUAAACUAAACCCUAGUUUUUUUUUUGCCUAUACCUUCUUCUUCUUCUUACUUGAUCAUUCGUUAAACCCUCACUGUCUCAUCUUCUUCUUGCCGCCGCCGCAACGUCCUCCACCGGCUCCGCCCUCACCGUUAGGCCAUGGCUUCCGAAACCGUGAUAAGCCCUGAAACAGUAUCAAAAGCCGUCGCCUCCCUCCUCAAAUGGCGAAAAUCCCAAUCGGAGACGCAAAAACCCAACCUCUUAGGCCUAGACGAGGAGUUCGUGUACCUCGUCCUCACCCUGAAGAAGGUCCCUCAAAAGGGUCGCGUUAACCCUCACAAGCUUCCCCUCCCUCACUCUCUCCACUCCGAUUUCUCCCAGCACUGCCUCAUCCUCGACGACCGCGCCAACAAGGGCCGUGUCACCAAGGCGGACGCGCAGGCCAAGAUCAAGGCUGAGUCCAUCCCCAUUGCCAAGGUCCUCAAGCUCUCCAAGCUCACUUCUGAUUACCGCCCCUUUGAGGCCAAGCGGAAGCUCUGUGACUCCUAUGAUCUUUUCUUCACGGACAAGGCGGUGGUUCCGUUGCUGGCCCGCCUUCUCGGGAAGCAGUUUUUCAAGAAGCGUAAGGUGCCUGUGCCGCUGGAUUUGACUAAGAAGAAUUGGAAGGAGCAGGUGGAGAAGGCGUGCUCAUCGGCCAUGAUGUUUUUGAGGACCGGGACGUGUAGUGUGGUGAGGGUUGCCAAGGUGAGCAUGGAGAAGGAUGAGAUUGUGGAGAAUGUGGUUGCGGCUGUUCGUUCUGCGGUUGAGCUUGUUCCGAAGAAGUGGGGGAAUGUGAGGUCGUUGCAUGUUAAGAUGUUGGAUUCUCUGCCUUUGCCUAUUUAUCAGACUGUUCCUGAUGUGAGGUUGAAGAUUGAUGGUGGUAAAGCUGAGGCGGAAGCGAAGGAGAAGGAGAGUGUGAAGGAGAAGAAGAAGGGUGAGGAUGGGGAUAAGGAAGUGGGGAAGAAGAAUAAGAAGGGGAGGAUUCAUCAAGUUAAGUACAUGGAUGUGGAUGCGGCCUUAGGGAGUAAGGAUGAGGAUGGUGACAAUGCUGUCAUAGGAGAUGAUGCUGAAAGGAGUGAUGGAGGAGUGGAAAAAUUGGAGAGUAAGAAGAGGGAGAAAGGAAGCAAAGUGGGGAAAGAGGCUGCUAAGUUGACUAUUGUGAAAACAUUGGGGGAACCUGAAACUCCUAAGGAAGGCGUCAAGCGGAGGAAAAAUAAAGAUGGGUCGUCUGCCAAAGUGACAAAGGAAGGUUUGGUCAAGAAGGGUGGAGAUAAAUUUCAUGCUAAAAAGGAGGGGUCCAGUGAGAAGAAGAAGAAGAAGUUGAAGGGAGCUGAUGUGAAGGUUAAGGCGAAGAAAAUUAAGAAGGCAGCAGCAUGAGUUAACUGUUGAUUGCAGGGAAUUUUGCUUUUAGAAUUUACUGCUUGAUGUAGCUCUGUGCAAUACUGUGAACUUUUGCUUUCUGAGUUCUCUGGCAGAUUUUGUUUUUGAGCAUUUUAUUAUGCCUUUGUUUUGUGUUUGUUUUGGUGAUAAUUUUAAUUUACUAUAUUUGAGCUUUAGAA